AUGGCAGCAUCAUCCGCCUCACCUCUCGACAUUGCGCACGAGAAGUAUGCUUCGCGCGGCCUUCCUACCUGGUUCGCGUACCCCAUGUCCAUCAUCAUGAGCCCGGCUCUCAGUGCCGGUCUGUACAGCUUCGUACCAGACAUGAUGGGUGCCCCGCUGGCUGCCGUGAGCCGCAGCUUGAACGAGCCAUGGCAGAUUGGUGCCCUGCUUGCUUGGAGACUGCUCGAGAUCACCGUCGGCUGCUUCUUCGGCCUCGAUCACUUCGACUUUGUUCAGCUCACAGCCAUGGCUAACAUGCCCUACUACACGCUGCUCUACCUCUUCUUCGGUGUCAGUUUCGAACCUCUCGCGUUGGCUCUCGUCAUUGACAUGUUCUCGCUCUGGUUCCCCUUCUGGCUCCUGCGCCCCACCAACUACCAUAACAACUUGCGCUCCGUCACCACUCCUGGAACCACAAAGGAUUUGGCUGUCGACAAGACUAUUCAGUUCUACAUGUCCCUCUUUGCUGCUUCCAUCUACGGCACCGUCGUCUAUCUCAGCCUCUGGUCCUGGCUGCCUGUCUUCUUGAUCAACAAUUUUGAAGAGAUCCUCACUCUAGAGUUCGCUCAUAAUGCCGUCUUCCCUGUCGUUUUCGCUGCAUGCUUGCCCAUCGGUUGGGCUGCCAAGGAUUUCCUCUUUAGCACUUCCAUCGUCUAUGCCCGCGCAACUCCUGCAGAGCUCGUUCAGUUCGACCCCAAGACCGCCACCCUGGGCGAGACCUUCAUGUACAAUGCCGGUGUUAAGCAGUUUUCUAGCAGAGAAGGCAUUCUUGGCAAGCGUACCUUCUUGCUUGUCGCCUUCACCGCUGCUCACUCUUUCAUCAAGGUCUUCGGUACUGUCGAGGGUGCCACUAUCGAAGGAGCUGCUGGUUGGGCUGCCCUGUGGAGCGUCGCUGCUGCUGCAACUGGCCUAGGCUUCCUCUACGUUGGAGACGCUUGA